ACUGUAUGACUUUUUCGUGUGUUAUGUUGCGGUUAAACGCAGGUGAGAAGAAGAAACAAGAUGGCUGACACUCAGGAUGGGGAGGGCGCUCAGAACAACCCGGACUCAGAUAGCGGCGCUUCUGAUCAGGAAGAGCAGCGUAUGUUACCAGGAGGAGGGGCACAGCCAGCCAAUGCCAGAGUUCACAGCUAUGCUGAUGAUGCGGAGGAGAGAAUCCGUACCUUGCCAGCUGAUGCAUAUGACGUUGACCUGAAUCACUGUGGGAUCGAGGCCCUUUCUGAUGUCGGGUUAGACAGACUCACCCAAGUGGAAACCCUUUGUUUGAGAUGGAACAACAUCAAGAAGAUAGAAAGUCUGGACCAGCUGGUCUCUCUAGAGGAACUGGAGCUAUACGACAACCAGAUAAAACAGAUAGAAAACCUCAGCACCCUUGUAAACAUGCGUAUUCUAGACAUAUCAUUCAACAUGCUGCGGAAGAUAGAAAACCUGGAAGCCCUGACCAACCUACAGAAACUCUUCCUCAUCCAGAACAAGAUCUCCCAGAUCGAGAACCUGGGGCACUUCAAGAGCCUGACCAUGCUGGAGCUGGGGGCCAACAGGAUUCGUGUAAUAGAGAAUCUCGAUGGCCUGGAGAACUUGGAGCAAUUGUAUUUGGGGAAGAACAAGAUCACCAAGCUGGAAAACCUAGAAAAACUCAGCAAACUAACUGUUCUUAGCAUACAGAGCAACAGAAUCACCAAGCUGGAAGGACUAUCAGAGCUAACCAGCCUGAAACAGCUAUACAUUAGUCACAAUGGCAUCCAGAAACUAGAGGGGCUGGACAACAAUCUGCAGCUUGACACCCUGGAUGUGGCGAACAACCGUAUCCAGAAGAUUGAGAAUGUGAGCCAACUGGUGCACCUGGAGGAGUUCUGGUGUAACCAUAACCAGGUGAGUGACUGGAAGGACCUGGAUGAGCUGGCAGGUGCCAAACAGCUGGUCACCGUGUACCUGGAAGGGAACCCCAUACAGGCAAAAGACUCAAACUAUAGGAGGAAGGUGAAGCUGGCCCUGCCCUGCCUACAGCAGAUCGACGCCACCCUGUGUGGCCAAUAGGGUCUUUAGAACAGACUGUGUAGCCAAUAGGGGCUUUAAAAUGUGAACAGACUUGUGGAUGGAACCAGCAUAGGAAGGCUGGCUGAAGUAGCACCAGGGGCUGAUAAUAGUACAACAUAUAUUAGGGUGGGUACCAGUACAAAAUAAUUCAGGUACAGGUACGGUUAACCAGGCUGGACUUAAUUGUUGUGAAUGGGCGAUACUUAAAACAAUGGUCCAAUUUGCUACAAAAGAUGGAGUAUCCAACUCCCACUGGUAUUUCUUCAGGUAAACUCUGUAGGUUUGACUGUAGAAACUUGGUAGAAAUUACUAUAAAUUCAGUAACCAAGAAGUGCCCACCCCAUUCAAGUACAUGUAUGUGUGGAUGUACUGCUGACCAGGGUUGUAGCCAGUGCCCGUCCUUCUGUCCUUUGA